GUUUGGUGUCGAGCGGGGCCGGGCUCCGGGGAGCGGUGAGAAGCGGGCAGCCGGGGCCGGGCAGGUGGAGAACCAUAAAAAGCAGGAGGGAGGAGGAUCCGCAAGCAAAACAUCUAUAUUUGGAAGCUUGUUUCAUCCAGCAGCUCUCAGGAACAGCCCCGCAGCAGCCUUGGUGCAGACAAGAGGAUGAAAUCGCACUCUCGGUGGGGGACUAAACAUGGAGAUACGCUGCGGUGGCCUCUUGUUCAGUUCCAAAUUUGACUCAGGGAACCUGGCCCAUGUGGAGAAGGUGGAACACCAGGACGGAGAAGGGGACGUAGCUGGGAACAACAGCAGCAGCAGCAGCACUACUGUGUCUGCGGUGUUUGGCAGCUCCCUGCCCACGGCUGACUAUGAAUUCAAUGUGUGGACCAAGCCCGACUGUGCUGAGACGGAGUAUGAAAAUGGGAACAGAUCCUGGUUUUAUUUCAGUGAAGGAGGCGCUCCAGGCAAGCUGAUCAAAAUCAACAUCGUGAACAUGAACAAGCAGAGCAAACUCUAUUCCCAAGGCAUGUCGCCUUUCGUUAGGACCCUGCCUGUCCGGCCCCGCUGGGAGCGCAUCCGGGAGCGGCCCACCUUCGAGAUGAUGGAGACCCAGUUUGUGCUGUCCUUUGUGCACCGCUUCCUGGAGUACCGUGGCACCACCACCUACUUUGCCUUCUGUUACCCCUUCUCAUACACGGAGUGCCAGGAGAUGCUGGCCCAGCUGGACAGCCGCUUUGAGGAGUGUCAAUACAUGUCACCCAGCAGUACCCUUGACUCCAUCUAUUACCAUCGAGAGCUGCUGUGCCGCUCCCUGGACAAUCUGCGGGUGGACUUGCUCACUGUCACCUCGUGCCAUGGCAUGAGGGAGGAGCGCGAGCCCAGGCUGGACAGCCUAUUCCCUGAUGAAGCCACUCCUCGUCCGCAUUGCUUUGCAGGGAAGAGGGUCUUCUUCCUGAGCAGCAGAGUUCACCCAGGGGAAACGCCCUCCAGCUUCGUCUUCAAUGGCUUUCUGGAGUUCAUCCUGCGGGAGGACGAUCCCCGAGCCCAGAUGCUGAGGCGCAUGUUCGUCUUCAAGCUCAUCCCCAUGCUGAACCCAGAUGGCGUGGUGCGAGGCCAUUACCGAACUGACGCCCGGGGGGUGAACCUGAACCGCCAGUAUCUGAGCCCUGAUGCAGAGCUGCACCCUGCUGUGUACGGAGCCAAAGCCGUGCUCCUUUACCAUCACAUCCACAGCCGUGGCCCACCCGCUGCUCCUGACUGGAGGAUACAUGCCUCCCCGCUCACCUCCAGCUCGCUAAGCACAAAAUCUUCCAACCAUUCCAUCCGCAACUGCACCGUGGCCCCGGAGGCUCCUCUGUCGGAGCUGGAGAAAGCCAACAACCUCCGCAACCACCCCAGCACCCAUCUCACGCUUUCUCAGGACCCCCAGCCGCUGGAAGCACCUGCUGCUGAGCUGGGGAACAAGGACCAAGCUGUGUGGAUCUUGCCUUCGGAGCCCACCGGGGAGCACUGUGAGAGGGAAGCCGAGACCGCCCCGUCAGUGGCUCCCCUGGAAGCCGUCCUGCCCCAGGAGAGCGGGCUGGCGUACUACGUGGAUCUGCACGGGCACGCCUCCAAACGCGGCUGCUUCAUGUACGGCAACAGCUUCAGCGAGGAGAAUGCCCAGGUGGAAAAUAUGCUGUUCCCGAAACUCAUCUCCUUGAACUCAGCUCACUUUGACUUCAUGGGCUGCAACUUCUCCGAGAAGAACAUGUACGCCAGAGACAAGCGGGACGGGCAGUCGAAAGAGGGCAGUGGACGAGUGGCUAUCUACAAGGCCUCGGGCAUCAUUCACAGCUACACACUGGAGUGCAACUAUAACACCGGGCGCUCGGUGAACAGCAUCCCCAUGGCCUGCCACGACAAUGGGCGGGCGAGCCCUCCACCCCCUCCAACCUUCCCCACCAAGUACACCGUGGAGCUGUUUGAGCAGGUUGGACGGGCACUGGCCAUCGCGGCGCUGGACAUGGCAGAAUGUAACCCCUGGUCCCGGCUUGUCAUGUCUGAGUACAGCAGCCUCAACAACCUGCGAGCCUGGAUGCUGAAGCACGUGCGCAACCUGAAGGGCAUGGCUGCCUUCUCCCGCAAGAAGGGCUCCAACGGGCUGCCCGCCUUGAGCUCCGAGAAUGCCCUCUCCCGGGCCAGGAGCUACAGCCAUGGUACCAGUGGGAGCAGCGUCAGCCAGCAGAACUCGCCCCAGAUCAAAGCCUCAUCCAGCUUCACCUUCAGCUGUAACAGGGCUGGUGGCCCGCAGGGAGAGAGCCCUCAGAAAGGCAGCCCGAGGGUCCUGGCACCAGUGAGAGAGCCCCGCGUGCAGGACAAGCGGCGCCAGCAGCACCUGACUCUGCUGCGAGCAGCGACCAGCAGCAUCCAGCCGCCAGCGCCUCUCCCUCCCUGUGCCAGGCGUCUGUCCCAGCCUCCGCCGCCCGCCAGCCUGCGCCCCUGCUCCCUGCCAGCCUCCCUCAGCAUGUCAGGGACCUCGCCCACGGGCACUAAGGCCGGGGCUCUGGUGAUCACCAGCCGUGGACUUCAGGCAGCAGAGCACGGCCGGGAAGAGCAGAAGACCCCCUAUGGCACGGCGCUGGUGCAGAACCUUCCGAAGAGGCUGAGCACCAGGAAAGUCCUAGAAGCACCCAGCCUGGGGCCGCUGCGCCCCAGCAGGAUCCCCGUCCGCAAGAAGGCAGCAGCAUGCACCCCGAGUUUGCUGGGACUCGGCAGCGAGAGCACCUCUGCCCUCAAGGUCUGGAAAUACACCCACGCUGGAGCCCUGGCCCAAAGGUCUCUGCCAGCAUUCCCAGAGGACACUGCAUCACUCAGCAUGGGGAUGCAGACAACAGAGCCGCUCUUCAUCUGCGACGACCCCGAGGGGCUGCUCAGCGAGCAUCUGCCAAGCCAGGCCCCAGACUCGCCCCCACUCAGCUCCUACCACAAGAUCCUGUCCUUCUGCACUGAAGCCUGAGUGCAGCCACCAGCUCCAGCUGUCGCCUGUCUGCACUCGCCUCCGUCUCUAGCUGGGUGCAGCACCUGCCCCCGCGCUGCCCUGCUGCAGGGGAAGUGGGGCUGAGCCGAGCAGCAUCCCCACCCUGCCCAGGGCUUGCUCCAGCCUCCCCUUGCAAAUGGAGGGAGAGGCUCCUGCUCGCCCUGCAGGGUCCCCUUGCCCAGUUCCCACAGAGCCAUUGCUGGAGCAGCCAGGGCUCUGCAGAACACCCGGCCUGAGCAGAGGGGGACACUGCUGGGCUCCCCAGCUAGACCCAGAGCCCUGGGCGGGUCCCCGCUAACCUCCAGCCAUGGCCAUGUGGAGGACACUCGGUGCAGCCAGCUGGCUGAUUUGGGUCACAAGCUUGGGGGUGCCAACAGCAGCCACGGUGCCAGGGGCUGGAGAUGGGGGUGAUGACCGGGGAGCAGCUGCAGGCACCAUCACUGUGGAGGUAACUUGAGGGAGCGUCCGUGGGCGUCUCCGCGGGCAGAGUACAGUGCCAGCAGCACCUCAGAGGGCUCCAGGGUGGGUCUCUCCAGUCGGGGCUCUCCCCGGCACACCCCACGGGAACAGCUUGUAACCCGGGCAGGCCCUUGCAAAGGCUGCUUCAUGAGCAGAACCAAGUCAGGCCGCGGAGCUGCAGGUCGGCUCCCAUCCCUGUGUGCCUGGGCCCCAGGCUAGCAGCUUUGGCCAGCCCCUCCGGGUGGGCAGGGUCAGGGCUGGAGCAGCUCUGCAGCCAGCCCCCAAGGCAGAGCCAUCGGUCGCUGCCUCCCACUCAGCCCAGCCGCUCGGGAGUUGUUCAGGGCUUUGACGCUAUUUGGAUGAGAGAGGGUUUGUCCUGUGACGUGUUUCUAUUA